AUGGCGUCACCACGCAAGAAGGUACUGCUGAAAGUCAUCAUCCUCGGCGAUUCUGGUGUUGGGAAGACCUCAUUGAUGAACCAGUAUGUAAAUAGGAAAUUUUCAAACCAGUACAAAGCCACCAUCGGUGCUGAUUUCCUGACAAAAGAAGUGAUGGUGGAUGACCGACUGGUCACAAUGCAGAUCUGGGACACAGCCGGCCAGGAGCGCUUCCAGUCGCUGGGCGUGGCCUUCUACCGGGGCGCCGACUGCUGUGUGCUCGUCUACGACGUGACCAGCCCCAACACGUUCCGCUCGCUCGACUCGUGGCGGGACGAGUUCCUCAUCCAGGCGAGCCCGCGCGACCCCGACCACUUCCCGUUCGUCGUGCUCGGCAACAAAGUCGACCUGGAGAACCGCGCCGUGCCGACCAAGCGGGCGCAGCAAUGGUGCCACAGCAAGAACGAGAUCCCCUACUUCGAGACCAGCGCCAAGGAGGCCAUCAACGUCGAGCAGGCCUUCCAGACGAUCGCUAAGAACGCGCUCGCGCAAGAGUCGGAGGUGGAGCUCUACAAUGAGUUCCCCGACCAGAUCCGGCUCACCAACGACAACAAGAACAAGGCUGACACGUGCGGAUGCUAGUGGAGGACAAGGUGGCGCCCCCCCCCCCCCCCCCGACCGACGACGUUCGACGUACGACGCAUGCGCCGGCCGCCGACGCGUCAGAUGCUUAACGUGGGAAAUCGGACUUGUACCUUCACUCAGUCUAGCUUUACGUGUAGAGGUGCGCGCGGCGAAAUUAGUCGUAUAACAUAGCGAGCAUGGCGAGGUCUGUAUUCGGGCGACGCGCGCUCUCCGUGCGCGCCGCGUGGUCUGCUGCGCCCGGCCUCGGCGUGGGGGAUAUCGUGUCGACGUAGUGUACCGCCGGUGUGACGCCCUGCACCCGCGCGCGCCCGCGGCCCGCUCGCCCGGGACGGCGCGGCCGGCGAGCCCGGCAGCCGUGCCCCGCGCGCACCCGGACGCCGCGCUCGCUCGGGCCCGCGUGUCCGUCGCACCCGCUGAAGGGCCGCCUCACGGCGGCGCGGCGGAUCUGGCGAUCUGGGGGUGCGGGCUCCCGCACGGGGCGCCUGCCCGGCGUGCGUGCGAACUCCUGGGGUGUCGAGGUGUGGCCACCACAAUGCCCGCGCGCGCCACGCCCCCUCCCCUCCCCCGACUUCCGCGUGAUGUCCGCGCGACGGUGAAGAUUAGGGGACUAUGGAUACGUUGUGCAGGUGCCUGUGAUACACCUCCGUCUUUUGCAACAGCACUAUCGGCGUUUGCUUGCGCGGAGCCAUGCUUUUUCGGUUGUCGUCAGCGAGACGAAAAACGGUCGUUUGCGGAUGCCAAUUUUGUAGAUUGCAUUUUCUCAUUUGGCCUUACAAUCAUGCAUCGGGAUACCAAGUAAAGCAACCUUGUUCAGAUGUUCCUCGAAGAACUAGAAGCUCAUCUACAGCUUUGUAAUAAUGGUUCUGUAUAAUAAAGUUAUAUCUAUAUAAAGUG